AUGGACGACUCGGCCAAGGUCCUCUCCGAGGCCCUCAAUGUGGUCAAGGUGCAAUUGGUGCAGAUGAAGAGAUGCCUCGAUGCGGAUCAGGUCAUGGAUGCGCUCAAAAGUGCGUCCACCAUGCUGUCCGAGCUUCGAACAUCCUCGCUGUCACCCAAAAACUAUUACGAACUAUAUAUGGCCGUCUUUGAUGCAUUGCGACAUCUAUCCAUCUACCUCUAUGAUGCUCACACAACGGGCAAGCACCAUCUUGCCGAUCUGUACGAGCUCGUGCAAUACUGCGGAAACAUUGUGCCACGUCUCUAUCUCAUGAUCACUGUCGGAAGCGUAUACAUGUCGAUACCCGACGCUCCUAUCAAGGAGAUCAUGAAGGAUGUGAUGGAGAUGAGUCGUGGCGUCCAGCAUCCCACCCGAGGUCUUUUCCUCCGUCACUAUCUCAGCGGCGCUACCCGCGACUACCUGCCGGUCGGUCAAGAUAUGGGUCCCGGCGGUAAUCUCCAGGACAGCAUUGGCUUUGUGCUCACCAAUUUUAUCGAGAUGAACAAACUUUGGGUCCGACUCCAGCACCAGGGUCACUCGAGAGAUCGCGAGAAGCGAGAAAUGGAGCGCAAGGAGCUGCGCAUCCUCGUCGGUACCAACCUCGUUCGUCUGAGUCAGCUCGAAGGCGUCGACCUUGAAAUGUAUCAGCGCACAAUUCUACCCUCCAUCCUCGAACAGGUCGUCAACUGCAAGGACGUUAUUGCGCAAGAAUAUCUUAUGGAGGUUGUCAUUCAGGUCUUUCCCGACGACUUCCAUCUCCGAACCCUCAGUCCAUUCCUUUCUGCUUGCGCAGCUUUGCACCCCAAGGUCAACAUCAAGCAGAUCGUGAUUGCACUGAUCGAUCGUCUUGCCGCUUACGCCGCGCGCGAAGCAGAAAACGACAGUCCAGAAGAGAUCAAGAGGCAAGAGGAGGAAGCAAGCCGUCGCCUGGCCGAAAAAACGCGACAGAUGAGGAUGACCGGCCAGAGCGCUGGCCCCGGCUCUGUUUGGGACGAGGUCACCGCUCAGGGCGAUCCAAAGGCCAAAGCCGCAGACAUUGCAGAACCCGCAUCGCCGAGCGCUGCGGACCUCAAUACAAUGCCGCCGCCCCCGGUUGAGCCCAGCGGAUUCGGCAUGGCUUCAGCCGACAGAGAGUCUGCGGCUGCACCCAAUGUCGCAACGCACAGCUCUGAAGAGCCUGUCUUCCGCAGCGUACCAGACGGCCUCGAUGAAGACGCCUGGGGCUCGGCUGGUGGCAGUGGACCAGGUGGCACCUCUACCGCCGUUUCUGCCACGUGGAUAUCGCAGACCGACGAACGCACGCAGGCGAGCAACGCACAGCGAACCACAGACACUAGCAUCACAUCGACCGAGGUUGAUGAAACUAAGGACGAACAGAACGCUCGUGCCCAAGAGUUUCCCUCCGCCGGUUUCGGAGCAAGCAGCAACGCGAAUGGAGCUCACACCAACGGAGACGCCGAACAGACGUCUGUGUCCGCACCAGCGCAAACGCCUCACCCUGCGGCGGUGUUCGAAAAGCCGGUCGGCAAGUUCAGGGGCAUUCCGGAGGAUGUUCGUCUCUUCGAGGUGUUCUGGGAGCAGAUUGUUCAGCUCAUCCGUGCGCGACCCGACCUCUCCAUCCAAGACAUUACAGCGCUGCUUGUCUCGCUCGCCAACCUUUCGCUUAGCUGCUACCCGGACAAGCUCGAGUACGUAGACCAGGUGCUCGCUUUCGCACGCGAAAAGGUGGUCGAAUUCGAACAGAGCCCCGAUCUGCACAGUCCAGCGACCACCACCAACCUCAACUCUUUGCUCCUCUCACCCAUCAACUCUUACCUCACUGUUCUGACACUGCUGGCCCUGCCAUCGUAUCUGUCCCUUCUGUCGGUGCAGCCGUAUACAACACGCAAAUCGAUCGCACAGGCCGUCGUCAUGUCGGUGCUGCGCAACGAGACUGUCAUGUCGACGCCCGAAGACGUCAGCGGUGUGCUCGAUCUUUGCAGUCCCAUUAUCCGCGAUCACAAGGACGCGAUCAUGGGUGGAUUGCCUCAUGGCGGUAUUCACAUGGGAGCAGGGUCCGGUGGUCAGGGCGGCUACAGCGGUGCCUACGGUCACUAUGGUGGCGGCGACCCGAGAAUGGCACAGGGCAUGUAUGGCGCCGGAGCUCGCAGCAUGGGCCGUCACCAUAUGAUGCAAUACGACAUGGAGGAGAUGGCCGAAGAGCAAGGAUGGAUUGCUCGUAUGAUCCAUCUGUUCCGUGCUGAUGAGCUCGAGACGCAAUUCAGCUUGCUGCAAACCGCACGCAAACACUUUGUGGACGGCGGCGAACGCAUCAAGUUUACACUACCACCUCUGAUCACCUCUGCCAUCAAGCUCGGACGACGCUACAAGUUGCGCGAGCGGCAAGAGCCAAAUUGGGAAACCAAAAUGCUGACUCUGUACAAAUUUAUCCAUCAGGUUAUCUCGAUCUUGUACAACAAGGUCGAAUCAUCGGACAUCUGUCUCCGGCUCUUCUUGCUCGCAGCGCAGUCUGCCGACGAGAGCGGCUUCGAAGAGCUCGCCUACGAGUUCUACGUACAGGCGUUCACCAUCUACGAGGAGUCGAUUUCGGAAUCGCGCGCGCAGCUCCAUGCCAUCGGACUGAUCAUCAGCACGCUGCAGACGGCUCGUGUAUUUGGCACCGACAACUACGACACUCUCAUCACCAAGGCGGCGCUGCAUGGAGCUAAGCUAUUGAAAAAGCCGCACCAAGCAGCUGCGGUCAUGAUGGCGAGUCACCUUUGGUGGCAGACCGAGGUUCCAGGUCACCCUGCUGGGCUCGCUACCAGCUCAUCCUCUGCUACAGGCAACACUGCUGCUAAUAGUAGCGCUGCCGCAAGCGGCAGCGUCGCCUCUGGAGGCAGCAGCGCCAAAGAGAGCAAGCCUAUCCUGCUCAAGGACGGCAAACGUGUGCUCGAAUGUCUGCAAAAGUCGCUGCGUAUCGCAAAUAGCUGCAUCGACGAGCGAAGCACCGUGGAAAUUUUCUGCUCGGCGCUCGACCAGUACCUCUACUACUUUGAGCAGCAGGUGGAGGCGGUGGCGCCAAAAUACAUCAAUUCGCUUGUUGAGCUCAUCUCGAACGGACUUGAUUCGCUCAUGACGGCAGAGGCAGAUGGAGCUCACGGAGGUGGAGGUGCAGGAGGAGCGCCAGUGACUUCGCAUCCAGCCAUCGUAGGAGGUGGCUUUUUGGAGCUUCCUACAACACCGGACAGCUGCCUUCGCCACUUCCGCUCACAGCUCCAGUACAUUAAGACACGGAAGGAGGCAGCAGCGCUGACGCUUGCGAAUGCCAACCCGCAAGCUAGUGUGGAUGCGGGUUCCGGCCCCGCUUCCUCAGGACCUGAUUGGGGUGCUGUGCAGAUCGGACCUAGCCUCACAAAGUUCGGCCUCAAGUAG